CGAACUUCAGCUCCUCUGCCUCGUUCACUACGUACGAUCACACACCACCGACUCCUCAGCUCGAUUCAGAUAGUGACCAUGAAACUCCUCACUUUAACCUCCCUUUUCGCACUCACAAGUCUUGUCUCUGCCCAAGGCAGCGCCGGUUCAACCUGCAACCCCGGGCCCAGUGCCUACAUCUGUCAAGCCGUGUCGUCCUUCGACAACGGGAACGCAUUUGUGCUCGUUUGUAGUGCGAGCGGCGUGUGGGAGCUUUCUGCGGAGUGUGCGUGUCCGAGCUGUUGUGAGGAUACGGAUAGUGGGGCGUAUUGUACCUAGGCUGGGGAAGGACCGGAGGGAUAUGGGUUCAUGUUCGCCCGAUUUGGGUUGACAAGAAGUGACGGACUUUGGCUGCCUCGCAGUACAGUGAACGAAAGUGUACAUCAGCGUGAUAUGUAUGUGCCUGCUAACACAAACCAGUAUCGACUAGUGCGAAAGCAUUGCAACUAGUAAACAAACUCCAUCAUAACAUGGACCAAUAAUCCCAAGUUCUGAACCGAUCAUCAGGAAGGUA